AUGGUGCCCGGCAUUUUCAUCUCUCGUCUUCUCCCAAACGGCCUCGCUGCGUCGACAAACUUGCUCAGUGUGAAUGACGAGAUCGUCGAGGUCAACGGAAUCGAGGUAUCAGAAAAGACACUUGAUCAAGUGACAGACAUCAUGAUAGCCAACUCAGCCAACCUUAUCCUGACAGUGAGACCAGCUGCACCAAGUCCAUAUCACUCCCUGCCAUUUUUACUACCCCCUCCGUGUCCAUUGCUUCCUCUACCUCCCAGUUACUACAGCCCUAAUGACUGUGGUCCGUACUGUGACUAUCGCGACUAUGGAAUGCCACCUGGUAUCCCCCCUGGUUACUGUAGUCCCACAGAUGACACAAUCAUUGUGGGUGCCAAGCAAUCUCGCUCGCCAUGGAGUGGAGAAUCGGCCGGAAGCCAUGAGCCCUUCCACGCCUCCUCCUUUUCUCGCGACAGCACUUGGCGAAUCAGCGACAAACUCGCGAAGAUGUCAUUACGCUCUCGUGAUUCGUCAAAACAUUCCGAUCGCAAGAAGCGACCACUCACGGUUCAUUGUUCCUCUCAGAACGUCCUUCCAACGCCACCAUACCCAUUUUACGGUUAUUGA